AUGAAUGGUUUAAAACGACACCGAUCUCAAUCGACGAAUAUCAAUGAUCAUAAUAAUGAAGAAAUAGGAAAAUUUCCACGCAUUUCUAGUUCAGAAAUGUCAAUCACAACAAAAGAGUUGGUAAAAUCUUGUAAAACUUGUUUGGAAGAUCUUUCCAAUGAACUUAUUUAUGAAAUAUUUGAAUAUCUUGAUGGUUAUGAUAUUUAUCAAGGAUUUUUUAAUCUUAAUGAACGAUUUCGAAAUGUUUGUAUGAACGUAAAUUUUUCAAUUGAAAUGAAUAUUUCAUCAUUACCUAAAAGAACAUUUCAAUAUUUUUAUGAACAAUUCAUUUUGCCACAAAAACAUCAAAUCAUAUCUUUACAUUUAGUGGAUAUAUUCAUUAUAGAUUUCUUUACUUCUCUUUUCGAAAAUAUCCCAAAAUGUUAUCAACUUCGAUCACUUUUUUUGGGAAAAAUGAAAUCAACAUUUCUCGAACAACUCCUUCCUGAUUUAUCUUUUUUAUUGAAUCUCUCUUCAUUGUCCAUUUAUGUUAGUAAUGGUUCAAAUAAAAUGACUAUAUACAAUCAAAUAUUUCAAUUAUCAACAUUAAAAUAUUGUAAAAUUCAUUUUGAAAGGAAUAUUCCCUUAGGAUCUAAAUCUUUAUCUUCGAAUUUCUUAAGUUCUAUUGAACAUUUUAUUAUUAUUGAUAAUGUUGAUCUUGAUGAAGUCGAUAUGAUUCUAUCACAUACUCCAAAAAUUCGUCGAUUAUCAAUAACCUAUCAACAUGAAUUUUGCUUAACAGAAACAGUUAUAUUUCUCAUGAUAUUAAACAACUCAACGCAUAUCUCUGUCGUAAGUAAUCUUCUUCCACGUAAAAGUAUUAAAGAAUUUCUUGAAAAAUAUUCUCGGAACAUUAAAAUCUUACAUGUUUCAUCUGCACAAUAUUCGACUCAUUUUAAUACAUGGAAACCAUCAAUAUCACCUUAUAUGCCACAUUUACAUACUGUUGAUGUUCAUCAAUUAAUCACAGGACUUUGUAAUGAUACGAGACAAAUAUAUCAUUCGGUUUAUGAUCCUUAUAUAUCCACAUUACCAAGAAUUCGACAACAAUUCUUCAGUCAUGUACCGAUGUCUAUAGAAUAUUUGCAUGAAAUAUUCUGUUCUCUUCGUCCAUUUCGAAAAAAAUUCUUUACAUUCAAUGACGAGUUAUAUACUGCUAAAUGUAAGUGUUACAACAAAGUAAAUUGUGAUUCAGUUGAACAUAUCACAAUUGAAGAUAUAAAUGUAUUUCAUAAUUCUUUAAAAUAUUUCCCAAAUGUAACAGAAUUAACUUUUUCUAAAAGGUCUAUUGUUAAUGGUGACGAACAAUUAAUUGAUCGUCUUCGACAAACUAUUCUUUUCUCACGACUUAAUACAUUAAAUAUGAAUAAUAUUUCUUCAGAAUUAGGUAUUUUAAUUAAAAUCUUACAAUUUACAUUCAAUGUUCAUACAUUAACUUGGGUAAAUAUCCAGGAGACUCCUCAUGAUUUAUUAUCAAUACAAGAAAGUGAAAUUUUUCGAUUAGUAUCGAAAAGAAAUCAAAUAAAAAAUCUUGUUAUUAAAAAUACUUAUACGAAGAAAAUGAUGGAAGUAUUAAUUCAUCUUUGUCCUCAUCUUCAAUAUAUUUCAUUUGGUUAUUCUCAUCGAUCGAUUAAUGCAACUCUAGAUUAUUUAUUAUCCAAAAUAAACGAAACUACUUGUCAUCUAUUUUCAUUGUGUAUUUUUAAUACAGAUCUAUCGUGGAGUGAAGAAUGGGAACAUCGAAUUAAAUCAAAUGAUGAUUCCGAUAAUUAUUCAACUAAAUUCAUUGAUGGAAAAUAUUAUUGGUGGUCAGACAUCUAA